ACCAUGUCUAAACAAAAUUACUUGCGUAAUUAGAGUGUUACAUAUUUUGUCUUAUCCAGAUAUUAUGAGAGGGAAUUGGGGCAAAUGAGACAUUUCGUUGCACCGGCAAGUUAGAGUCGUCGUGACGGCAAGGAAAUUAAAAGAGGGCUUAAUAGCGUCAGCGGAAGCUAGAUAAAGAAUUUGAUUACAGUCUAAGGAUUUUUUCUCUACGACGAAAGAGAAAGGAAUAUCCUUUAAUACUUUCUUUGAUUUUUCCAAUUUCUUAUCAAAAUUCAGUUGCCACAUCUCAGUACUUUUUUGGCGUGCUGAACCUUGGAGCUGAUUCUAUUACCAGAGGGCUUGUUACUAGAAACCUUUAGGUGACUUUCUUGUGAGGCUUAGGUUGUAUACUAUCCUCGCGUGUACAAAGGAAUUGAUGAAGAGAAAGAGAUCAAGUCCUGCUUACAUAGACUAAAUGGCCAUUGUGGUUGGUGAUGUAUAGAUGGAGAGAACACUUCUCAAACGAGCUUUACAGACACACCAAUUUUUUGCUGGGGAUUGAUACUAGUUUGCGCGAUGCUGAACCUCAAACUCUCUCACAAUCCGCUCAUACAAUAUCGCCCUAUACGAACCUCUGAUUUAGAAGUACUUGAGAAAAUCCAUGGGGAUUUGUUCCCAAUCAGGUAUGAGUCUGAGUUCUUCCAAAAUGUUGUCAAUGGCCGGGACAUUGUGUCAUGGGUGGCUGUUGAUCGUAAUCGACCCAAUGGGCAAAGUGACGAACUUAUUGGAUUUGUGACUGCCCGUACUGUUCUAGCAAAAGACAGUGACAUAGAAGAAUUUCUGAGAUAUGACUCAUCGAGAUCAGAGCAAACACUGAUUUACAUCUUGACUUUGGGGGUUGCAGACUCUUAUAGAAAUCUUGGAAUAGCCAGUUCUCUAAUUCACGAGGUCAUAAAAUAUGCCUCGAACAUCCCGACUUGUCGAGCAGUUUACCUACAUGUGAUCUCAUAUAAUAACCCUGCCAUAUACUUGUACAAGAAAAUGUCCUUUCAAUGUGUGAGGAGGCUGUCUGCCUUUUAUUUUAUCAAUGGUCAGCAUUACGAUGCGUACUUGUUCAUCUACUAUGUGAAUGGUGGUCGCUCUCCUUGCUCACCUUUUUUUCAGUUAGAGAGGCCAUUGAGCAAAUCUGCUGUUGCAAACUCUUGGACCAUUAUAUUUCCCAGAGAGCUCAUUAAGCUUUUAGUUACUUGUGCAAAGAGUGGAUUCAAGACGGUGGCUGCCAAGCUUUGGAGGAAAGAAGACAGAAAGCCUUCCAAGUGGUUCAAAUUCAAAGAGCCUGGCUCCCUUCUUCCAACAAAACAUAACAAGAGGAUGUCGACCGAGGUUGCUAUGCCUCAAUUCGUUUAAUUGUCCACUAGCUUCUGCAGUCGAUACUGGAAAUGGACCCAAAAGUGAGAAGGAAAUGUUGUAGUCUUUCUAUCUGGUCAGAAGGAAAUGUUGUAGUCUUUCUAUCUGUUGUCUUUUAAAACAUUGUGUCUUACCUGUACCUAGAAGAACAAACCGUUUGUGAUGUUCUUCAUCUUCUGUGCUUGUGAUUUACUUGUUGAUAUGUAAAUUCUUGUGAAAAGUCACCCAAGAAAUUUAAUAAUGUCUGUCGAGAAUUGAGAUGAAUUGACAGUGCAUGGAGGAUUACAUGGAUGAAAUUCAUUUUUCUCGACCAUCAUUUUAAGGGAUAAGAUUCAAGUUUGUUCUUGUACGGUUGUACCGUCAGAAAUUGCUCAA